ACUGACAGUAUGUAUUCGUACUAAUUAAAGAUGAAAGUGAGCUUUGCUUUUGCCGCAAUGGGCGCCAACGACGCCAUCUUAAGAGGGGAGGAGGGGUUUUUAUUUUAGAUAUAUUCUUCUACAAUAGUGUACCUCCCACAAACAGAAAACAAAAUCUUGUAUUUUUGCAAAGUGUUUUUGCUUUUUCUUUUGGUAUUAACUCAAAGCUAAACCAUAGAUUCGAUCUGAAAAACACACAACAACUGGGAGAUGGGUUGUUGUGUCUCAAAUCUAGAGAGAGGAGAAACAGUGUCACGAUGCAGAGCGAGAAAGAAGUACAUGAAACAGCUGGUUGAAGCAAGACAAUCUUUUUCAGCUUCACAUGCAAUGUAUCUUCGUUCCCUUCGCAGUACUGGUUCGGCUCUUCUUCAGUUUUCAAAUAGUGAGUCCGCUCUUCACCUCCACCAACAACACCACCUCCGAACACCAUCACCGCCAUCACGUAUCUUUCGUUCACCACCACCACCACCAGCAGAAAUCUUUCGUUCACCACGGCCUCCGUUUAGUCCCAGCACUGAUACGUGGUCAUCAUCAAUGGGGGCUUCUCCUCUUCCACCUCCGCCUCCUCCACCUCCCCCAUCGUCAACUUGGGACUUCUGGGACCCAUUUGUGGAAACAACACAGUCGGUGACUGAGGAAGAGUGGGAGGAGGAGGCUACUACCAACAUGUCUGAGGUGCCAUUGACUAGGUCUAGGACGGAGAGUACGAUGGCGCCACCUUCGGUGUUGAGUGGGUACUCUAAAGAAACUACUGGGACUGAACUCGCCGUGGUGCCAUCAAGAAAUGGUAAGAACAUUGUUGAGAUUAUCAAAGAAGUUGAUGAUUACUUUCUUAAGGCCGCUGAUGCUGGUGCUGAGCUUUCUGUGGUUCUUGAGGUUCCAAGUACUAGUUUUUCUACAUCCCAAACAAAAGGAGGUAUGUAUGUAUGUAUUAAUAUGUGGGUUUCUUGAUUUUGUUUGUCAGAUUUGUUUUGUUAUCUCUUAUUGAUUUGUGAAUCUGGUAUGGCAGGUAAAGUUUACAACUAUGGCUUUAGUUUGAGUCCAACGUUGUGGACAUGGGGUUCCAGUCCAAAAUCUCACGCAUUUGGAAACUGCUUGCGUGACCAAGUGGUUGGAAACAAAGGAGUUGGUAGCCAUUCCUCAACCAUUGAGAAACUAUAUGCUUGGGAGAAGAAACUGUAUGAGGAGGUUAAGGAUUCUGAGGCUAUAAAGAUGGAGCAUGAGAAGAAAGUGGGCCAGCUGAGGAAACUGGAGUUGAAAAGAGCUGACUAUUUGAAGACUGAGAAGACCAAGAAAGAGCUUGAAACGCUAGAGUCUCAAUUAAUGGUUUCCUCUCAAGCCAUUGAGACUAUAUCAGCUGAGAUCAUCAAAAUCAGAGAAACUGAACUCUACCCUCAACUUCUUGAGCUUGUUAAAGGAUUAAUGAGCAUGUGGAGAAGCAUGUAUGAGAGCCACCAGGUCCAAACUCACAUAGUUCAGCAGUUCAAAUACCUCAACACAAUUCCAUCUAUUGAAGCCACAUCUGAGAUUCACAGGCAAUCAACUCUGCAGCUUGAGCUCCAAGUCCAGCAAUGGUACCAAUCUUUCUGCAAAUUGGUUAAAGCCCAACAGGAAUACAUUCAGAACCUCACAGGGUGGCUACGGCUAAGCCUUUUCCAGUUCACCAAACCCCCACUUUCUAGAAACGGCCAGGAAUCGGGAAUUUACUCAUUUUGUGAAGAAUGGCACCUAGCAAUUGAUAGGAUUCCAGACAAAGUAGCAUCUGAAGGAAUCAAGAGCUUCUUAAUAGUGAUGAAUGCUAUAGUAGUUCAACAAACUGAAGAACAUAAGCAAAAGAAGAAGUCAGAGUCUGUAUUUAAGGAGCUUGAGAAGAAGUCAUCCGAGCUAAGAUCACUGGAGAACAAGUAUGGUCCAUUUUCGGUGCCUGAAAACUCUAGCAAGGAUCCAGUUGCAGAGAAACGACUGAAGGUGGAGAUGUUAAGAACCAAGGCAGAAGAGGAGAAGAAUAAGCAUGAGAAGUCGGUGAGUGUGACGAGAGCAAUGACCAUGAAUAACCUGCAGAUGGGUUUCCCGCAUGUCUUUCAAGCAAUGGUCGGAUUUUCAAGUGUGUGUAUGCAAGCUUUUGAAUCCUUAUACAAUCAAGCCGAGGGUAUUAGACAGGAGCAAGAAGUGAAGAGGAUACUCCCUUGAAAUGGGAUCUUUAAUAUAAAAGGAAAAAAAAAA